AUGUCUGGGAACGAAGAGCAGUACUACCCACCGCAACCGCCAUAUGCGUCCCCUAGACACUCGUCUUCGAGAGAGUUUGAACAGCGAAAUGGCUCGCCAUAUAAUUCUGUGCGCUCUCAGUCACAGGCGCGACCGCCUUUGAACCAAGAGAUCUAUGAACCGAAUGGGGGCGCAGCAGGUUACCCAGAAUCACUAGGCAGUGGGCGAGGCGGCGGCGGCGGCGGAGGUGGUGGAGGCGGAAUUGGGUAUGGCGGGGGAUACGCUGGGGGACCAGGACCUGCUGGGUAUGAGCAGGAUUCCCGCUCGGACAUAGAUGAGGACCCAGAGGACGACUUCUUCAACGGCAAUGGCAAUAAUGACGCCGCAGAUGUAGCCUUCCCUCCUGUACGCUCGCCCAUGCCCCAACGAGGCGGGUCCGUGGCGACCCAAUCCAUCCGUGCACCAUCACCCACAUUGAGUGGACCUAUCCUCGAUCACUCCCAUCUACGGCCAGGCAACAACGCGGCACUCUUGUCACACCAACGGACGCUCGAGCUCUACCGUGCCAAUGCAAAGAAAACACAAGAUCCAGAUAUACAGUUCGAAUUCGCCGUGUUCAUGAUCGACGCAUCGAAAUCCAUGCCCAUUCCCGCUCCAACGCCGGGAAAUACCUUGGAGGUGGAGAAGGCGCUUGACAAACGAGACGACCUCGUUCGAGAGGCCACAUCACUGCUUAAGCGUCUCGCCGAUCGCGGUCACCCCGCCUCUCAAUACUUCCUCGCCGACUGCUACGCCAACGGCAUAGGAACCGUAAAGAACAAGCAAGACUUCGAUCGAGGCUAUCCUUUAUUCGUUCUAGCUGCGAAGCACAACCACCCGGAUGCUGCAUACCGCGCGGGAACGUGCUGCGAGAACGGGUGGGGAUGCCGCCGAGAAUCCGCCAAAGCUCUCACAUUCUACCGCAAGGCCGCAGCCUCGUUACACCCUGGAGCGCUUUAUCGGCUAGGUAUUGCGGAAUUAAAUGGCGAACUCGGAUUAUCGAAAAGGCCGAAAGAAGGCGUGAAGUGGUUGAAACGGAGUGCUGAACAUGCGACAGCGGAAUUUCCACAUGCUCUCCAUGAACUUGCCUUGCUACACGAGCGAGGGAUAGACGAUGUCGUGUUCGUUGACUACGAGUACUCCGUGGAACUAUUGGCGCAGGCUGCGGAGCUCGGUUAUGCACCCAGUGCGUACCGUCUCGGCGAGUGCUACGAAUAUGGAAAGAUGGGGUGCCCACAAGACCCAGCACUAUCGAUCCAUUAUUAUAACAUCGCCGCCCAACAAAACCACCGUGAUGCCUGCUUCGCCCUGACAGCUUGGUAUCUAGUCGGUUCACCUGGUGUGCUCCCACAAUCAGACACGGAAGCGUUCCUCUGGGCACAGAAGGCAGCGGAAGCCGGCUUGCCAAAAGCGAUGUACGCUGUGGGCUACUUCCUGGAAGUAGGUAUAGGCACACCUGCAAGUCUGCCAGAUGCUAUUGCGUGGUACAAGCGUGCCGCAGAGCAAGGGGAUAAGCGUGCGGCACAACGCCUGAAAGCGUCUCAAGAUGUACCGAUGCACCAUCCCGGUGGCCCAGGUUCAGUCCUGCAGAGACACGAAGGCGAUGUGGGUGGCUCAGCGAAAGGCAAAGACGGAAAGGACUGCAUUAUCAUGUAG